CCUGAGGUGUGUUAGUGACAAACAAACACACCCAGAGAAACACACGGUGCUGUCACGAGCCUCGCAUCUAAACAGACAAACAGACGGAUUUAUAAAAGCAACGCGACAUGCAUGCGCGCGCGGAUGUGUGUGUGCAGGUAUUUGGAGGUGUUGGAGGUUUUUGAGGAAUUAAAAGUGGACUGAUGGAGCCGCUGGCAGACUGAGGGGCUGGGCUGUGUGGCUGGACUUUCUUCAUUGUUGCAUGUUUCCUGGGAUGGAAUAAUUCUUCUCUUCAUUCAUCAGAGAAAUAACUGACGGACUCUUCUAUUCACUCUCGAUGGUGGUUGAAGGAGAGAUGGACAGCAUCGGGAACACCAUGCAGAAGAAGGCUGCAGAGCUGGAGCGGCUGGCCGAGGUGCUCGUCACCGGAGAACAGCUGAGGCUGCGGCUCCACGAGGCGAAGGUGAUCAAAGAUCGGCGGCACCACCUGCGGACUUACCCAAACUGCUUUGUGGCCAAGGAGCUCAUUGAUUGGCUGAUCGAACACAAGGAGGCCUCGGACCGAGACACGGCAAUCAAGAUUGUGCAGAAACUUUUAGACCAGAGCAUCAUUCACCACGUGUGUGACGAGCACCGAGAGUUCAAAGACCUGAAGCUGUUUUACCGUUUCCGGAAAGAUGACGGCACAUUCCCUUUGGACAGCGAAGCCAAAGUCUUUAUGAGGGGGCAGAGGAUCUAUGAAAAACUGAUGAACACAGAGAAUACCCUGUUACAAACCAGGGAGGAGGAGGGCGGGACGUUCGAGCGCGCGGUGGUGGCCUCUGAGUUCGUCGACUGGCUGCUUCAGGAGGGAGAGAUGGCCACCAGGGAGGAGACGGAGCGGCUGGGGAGGAGGCUUCUGGAGCACGGCAUCAUUCAGCACGUUACCAACAAGCACCACUUUGUUGACGGUCCGCUCCUCUACCAGUUCCGAAUGAAUUUCCGGCGGCGGCGGCGGUUAAUCGAACUUCUUCACGAGCGCAGCCGCUGCAUCCCCGAGAGCCACGACAGUCCCUUCUGUCUCCGCAAACAGAACUCAGAUGGAGGCAACACCAGCUUCCUCUCAGUGAGUCCCACUAAAGAGAUCAAGGUGGCAGUCGGAGUUCGGCGAAGCAGCAUGAGCAGCAGUUGUGGCAGCAGCGGUUAUUACAGCAGCAGCCCCACACUCAGCAGCAGCCCACCGGUCCUCUGUAACCCAAAGUCUGUUCUGAAAAGACAAGUGAGUCCAGAGGAGCUGCAGACACCAGGAGGACCUUUUAUAAAGAAGACAUUCACUAUUAUUGGUGACGCUGUGGGCUGGGGCUUUGUGGUGCGAGGCAGCAAACCCUGUCACAUCCAGGCAGUGGACCCAGGUGGACCUGCAGCUGCUGCUGGCAUGAAGGUUUGUCACUUUGUGGUGUCGGUGAACGGACUGAACGUUCUCUCUCACGACUACCGGACUGUCAGCAACCUGAUCCUAACUGGACCCAGGACAAUCGUGAUGGAGGUGAUGGAGGAGACAUAAGCUCGAGGGGAGCCAUGACAGAAUCCCUCAUAGAUGAGUAGUGCAGUAACAAUGUGGGGACUACAAGGUUUUAGUACUUGACCUCAAAACUCCACUGAUAGAGCGACGGUGACGACUUGAGACGCAACUCAGACUCUCUCUGUGCCAACUUUGCUUGAAAAGGUGGAUGACUGAGAGACGGAGUGUGUUUAACAAUGUGGGUAUUCAAAGUCCAGUUAAUGAUUCAACCCAUAGUGAAAACACGCCGGUUACUUGAGUUUUUGUUUUAAUUUAGAAGCACGCGCAAAAGAGCAGGAGCCAGCUCUUCUACACAUGUUGAUCCAACUGCUUCAAUGUGCCCACAAAGACUCUCAGUGUUGAUAAAAAGGGUCCCGGACUUUGUGUGUGGAAUAGCAAGAGCCAUGUUUGUUUUUUGAUGAAUCCGUUGCUGAACAUGAUUAAUGUGUUUAAAGGAUGAGAGGUAAAGUUUUUGUCGGGAGACGCACAAGUACAAGCUGAAACUGUAACAAUAAGGAAGAAUAUUUCAUGCUGACACAUUCAGUGACCUCUCCCCCAGUUAGUUUCCAACUGUGGACUCAAGCUACUGAUGGCUCAACACCGCCCUCUGCUGGGAGAGACAGGAAGACACACACACACACACACACACACACACACACACACAUUCUUGUACUUCUAUCUUUGUGAGGGCCCUCAUUGGAACAAUAAGUUUUAAUUUUGUUUUCAAAUUUAGUUAGUUUUAAUGAGUUUUUAGAGUCAGUUUGCUAGUUUUAGUUUCAUAUUUUUUUUAAAUGCUUUAGUUUUAGUUUAGUUUUUAUUAGUUUUAGUUUUUUGUAAUGGGGUAUUUGUUGGGGGGGAGAUUAAAAGAGGUCACAGUAAAUUUUGCCUUUAUUUCCUUUGUCUGAUCCAUCUUCAUUAUGUAUAAAAAAAGCUGACAAAGACGAAAACGAAGGACAUUUUCACUAUAAUUUUAGUUAGUUUUGUAACCACACAAUACAGUUUCAGUUAAUUAUCAUUAUCAUGUGACCUUUAACCCUUAAAACAAAGUCUGAAAUCUCAAAAAAGCCUUUAAAGAAGUGAGGACCGGCCGAAAUGUCCUCACUUUGCAAAAAUGUCCUCACUCUGUUGGUUAAAAACGUGUUCCGGUCCUCACAAUGUAGGAAGUACAAGAACACACACACACACACACACACACACACACAGGGAGCAUUUAUACUCCCAACUCCGUAAAUCAGCAAAUCUUUAAUUUCUGGGUGUUUUUCCUUGCUUGGGGAACUGGUGUGUUGAAUAGAAAACAAACAAAUUUCUACCCUUGUCAUGUAAAAGAAAUUAGCAAAUUGAUGCCAAGGUAGAUUUAUGUGUAGUGAUAAACUUUAUGUGACAUUGACAGGCACAGUGUAUAUAGAAAAGUUACAAAAGACUUAACGCACAAAAGAAGUGAAGAACUGAAAAAGUCCUGCUUUAGAAAAAUGGUGUUUAUCGGGGAAAAAGCCUCAUUAUUGUACAAACUUAAGCUACGGCACUGAGAACAUUUAUAUUGUUUUUAUUAUUAUUAUUAAUUACCCCUAGUGUAUAUUAGUAUAUACAUUUUUGUGUUUGUUUUUAAGCAAAAACUUUACCCCCAAAAUGAGCAUUUGUAUACCAAUGACUCAACUUAAGUUGAAUUCUUAAGGGGAAAAACUGCAGACCUCCAAG